AUGUCCACCCAAUCCGCUCCAAGCAUCCUCUUCACCCACACAGCCCCGCAACAAGGCUUCCGAUUACUCGAACUGCCCCCGGAGGUCGCGGACCUCCUCACCUCGGACCAUCCUCCUACAUUUUACCUCAAAACCCCCACGCCAACCACAGCACAGCCCACCACGAGCAGCAGCAGCAGCAGCAGCAGUAGACCGACUGACUCCCGCGAAUACGUCAACCUCUGCACCCCGACCCAAACCUACCGUAUCCGGCAGGUCCAGUCGUCGAACUCCUUGCAUAUCUUGAGGCCUAGCGGUAUGGGGGGAAGGGAUACGGUCCUCCGGCGCGAGGAUUUGGCUAUUGUGGAUGGGGAUGGGGAUAUGGACGUUGAUGUGGACGUUGAUGUGGAUGUAGGUGUCGAUCUGGCGGAGACGGUGACGACGAUCGCUAAAUGCGGGUCGACGCUUGAGUUGCAUGUGCCGGAGGGGGGGUUCCGGGCUGCGGAGUUCUUGGGGGCGUUGGUGGGGCGGUUUGCCCCGGGGAUGAGUGCUGCUGCUGCGACGGGUAGUGCUAGGGAGAGGGAGGGGGAGGGGGGUGCUGGGGCCGCGGAGGACGGCAAGGUGAUGGAGACGGUGUUCACUGAUAUCCCGGUUUCCCGGGCGGAGUGUGAGAGGGUUUGGGUGGAGGGGUGUGCGUUUGUGUGGCGGGGCAGGGCGUGGGUGCCGACGCCGGAGGUCAGGAUGGAGGUGUGGAAGCGGAUGGUCGAUGGGGCGGUCGUGCAGGGAAUUGAUCUUCGGACGCAGUUUCUGGUGGAUGAUCUGUGGAAGUCGGUGGUGGUGGAGGAUGAGGAUGAGGAUGGGCAGAUCCCCCGGGCUUUGUUUGAGGCGAUCGUGCGGAGGGUGGUUGAGGGGGAGGAGGGGAAGUCGUUGCUCGGUGAGAAGUUGAAGUGGGCGAGUUUGGACAGGGAGGUUUGUGUACGUUGGGUUGGAGAGACGUAUCUGGAGGCUAUGGCGCCCAUGGCGAGUGCGGCGGUUGGCCGCAGUGAGUUCCUCAACGCUUGGAAGGAUCAUCUACCUGAGGCUUGGAGGGAGGAGGUGGCUCUGGCUAAAUUGACGGACGCCGUUUAUCAACUGCCCGACCCGACGACCAUCUCCUUCGUGACUGAAUUCGAACGACAGCGGUCCAAGAAGAAUCUGCCCACCGAUGCGAGUGCUGCCACCGCAGCCAAGAAGUCCAGAAACUGGCACGAGCUCUUCAAGAAUCAAAAGCGACAGAAGCGGUGA